UUUGCCCUUUUUCAAAUCUUGUUUGGCUGAUUGUUUGAUGCUUUUAUUUUUCCAGUUUCCUCCCUCCAUGGUAUGGACGAAGAAUUUUUUUAAUUUUAAAAUUCAACUCUUUUAUUAUUUAAUUUAUGGUAGGUUAAGCUAGGGCAACAGUUUUUAGAUUAUCGUUUUCCCUACUAAAUAUAGGAGUAAAGCGGAGCUGGGCUGCUUGUGCAAAAGGUUAAUUGGCAGCUGGCAGUGAACUAGCACCUUCAGUUAACUGGACUAAUGUUUGCUGAUUAUGAUUACACCCCUCCUGUACCUAUAGCUUUAGGAAAGAUUAGGGCAAAGAGAUUUCUUCUAAUAAAAAUUUUUGUUAAAAUAAAUUUUCACCUUUUUAUUCAGAUUGUUCUGGUUAUUGUUGUUCUAAUCGUUGGAUGUUUAUUUCUUUGUUGCAUGCUUGGUGUUUUUUGGUAUCUUUAUUCGAAAAGGAAUGAAAGGACAGAAUCUUCAAAUGUUCAAUAUUAUCCUUAUUAUGUUCCCCCAGCUACAAGAAUUGGAAAGGAUGGAGAAUUGGGAACACAAUUUAGAUAAUUUUUAUUAUUCACAAUUUUUUGUGAAGGAUUAUA